GUAGCAGGAAAUGCAGUAACGUCAGUAACGAGCUAGGUCAGUCAGUAGGUGGAAUCUUUGCCAGUUGGCGCGUGUAGCGAUCAUAAAGAAAAAGAAGAAUAUCAAUGUCAGUUGAAGUGGGAAUGGGGAAAAUCAGGACUUGAACUCCCUACCCUGCUUGUCAAUCGAUUUGAAUAACUGAGUCACUGAGCACUACAAUUGUAGUGCUGCAGCCCAGAAAUCUGUUCAGCCUGCAUUUCGGCGUCGCCGGUAAUAAUCAUCUCCGGGUCAAGUGAUUACUAAGCAUAUGCUCCGCCAAACCACGUUACGGUUCACCGGAUCACGGAAGGAUAUUGCACCGUGGCAAGAGGCACCAGUAAAGGGAACAUAGUCGCAUCUCAACAAACUUGGCGUCAGUAAUCAGGGGUAGCGCUCUGCUGGCACUGUCCAUCCUGUUACGGCCGGUAGUGGUGAACGCUGGCGUUCGGCGCAAGCAGGUGCGGACAGACAGCCAUUGACCUUCAGUGAAGGACUGUCCAUCACACAGCCCAGGGAAAGGCUUGCGACCACCGGCGUUGUGUGUUCUCCAGCGAGUGCUGCUAGUCAGAUUGUGAACAACAGCCCAAUGGCGUCGACUGGCCUUUCACCUGAUGUCUUGGUAAGUGCUUUCUUCCUGAGCGGAAAUGGUGCCCAGCGUCCAGACCAUCUCUUCUCCGCAGCCGUGGAAGAUGCCAACAUGAUAUGUCGUGGACUGGACGAUGAUUCUAAAGUGUCCGUCCCAGUGCCGGAGACCGCCGAAGAGGCUGAAAAGAUGGACCGAGUUGUCGACUGUGUUGUUUCAAAGUUGAAAUUCAUAGGAGAUGAAGUGGAGGCCAAGGCCAAAGGCAAUGCAAAACAGAAGCGGGAUGCAUAUGAUACAAUAUUUGCAGAAGGAUACGAUUCUGAUGGGAACAUCGAAUACAACACGUUUAUACGUGCAGUUGAGAUCAUCAAGAAAUGCAUAUUCGAGCCAUGUUCGUUCAAGAGCGACAAAGAGGCCAAGCAGGCGUGGGUGGGUACGUUCCUAACAUUUUCCAAGUCACUCUUCGUACAGUCCGGCCAGCACUACCACAAGGAUCGCGUUGCCAACGUCUUCAGGAUGCGCGUGCAGGAGCAUGCGAGCAAGUAUAUGCGCACUGCCUGGCCAACCGUAUCCUCAGCGCUGGACAUGGGCUCUGAAGUCUAACCAAUGAUGCAGGCAAUCAUGAUGAUUGAUUCGUACACCAGCAAAUACACACCUGGCAACAUGGCGAUAAAUGCAGUAGAUACAGUCGUGAUGAUGCGCCGGAAUGUGUGUUCGAAUCCGGUCAAUCACAUCAGCGUGAUCACUGCCAGGCGGCUGUUUGGGACACUGAGAAUGAAGCUCUCAAACGCUAGAUUACUGCUGUCUUGACGCACUUGGAGUGUGAGCACUCAUGGCGUUGAUGCGCCAUCAUGCUGUAUUCAACGCUCGGCGUUCGCUCUGAGGAGCGUGGAGGGUGCAGACUCACCCCGUGCGUGUAAUUAUUUCUACAUACAGCUACUACAGUGGCCUAGCUGUAUCUUUCACGCGAUUAUCUAUUGCUACUUCGAAGUAGCCAUGUUGCCAUGGUCACUAAGCCUGGUGCAGUGGUGCCUUUUCUUGGGUGCAUGUUACUAACAGUUGCAAUGCUAUUCUAUAUUUUAGUACUGAAAUCCUUGACACAGCUAGCUCUUUAGCCGUAUACAUGUAGGGCGCAUGUCAUUCUACAUUCCCAAAGUAGGCCUUUUCGAAUGUGUUCUAGUUGGGAUAUGGACUAUGAAUUUCACAUCGAAGUGCAUGUAACAAGUUAUAAUAUAACUAUAUUGUGUUGUACAAAUUGGAAAUGUAUCAAAUUUCUAUUGUGCAGUGCAUGCUCAGAUGCAACUUGAUGUAUUUAUACUGAAGUUAUGUACCAGACUGA